UGAGAGACGCGGAGCAGCUUGACUCAGUUGCAGCAUCAUACAAAGUGCACCCACCAUGCGUGUGUGCCCUGAUCUCACAUCGUAACUGCAUCGAGCAGUAGACGUACAGUACCGUUUUCUUGGCGGCACAGACUCGCUUGGAUCACUUUUCCCAGCCAAGGCUCCUUUCAAGUUGCACACGGCUGGCCUAAUUACCGUCAUCAUGGCGAUCAUGCAGAGAUGCUGCUGUUUUGAUAACGUCCGAUCUGGCUCCAUCGCAUCCGCGAUAUACACUCUGGCCUAUGCCUUGUUAUGUUUGGGGUAUUCAGGCUGGAAAGUCGCACCACGUGCUGAAUGGGCGUACAUAUAUUAUCGAGACACUGCGAGUUUCACCAUGGACUGUUUCUGGCUGUCGUUCCUAUGUGUGAUGGUGAUUGCUUCUGUACUUGUCCUUGUGGGCGUAUCCCGGGACACGCGCGGAUUGCUCCUGGCGUAUAUGAUCGUGAUGCCGAUCAUGAUCCUGCUGCAGUGUGUGCAGUGCAUCUUGAUCAUCGUCAUUCUUGCUCAGAGUGGAUACGGCUCGGGCGUCGCUGUGUCAAUUAUUGUGCUCAUCUUCAUCUUGCUUUUUACCUUACUUGAUGUGUUUUGCUUCCUGUGUGUGGUGUCUCAGUACCAGGAGCUGAGGGAUGGGCGUGGUCGCAUGCAAGACGUUAUGGCAACCAGGGCUCAGGGUCCAACAACCGUCAUCACCACAUCUCCCCCAGCGGGUAGCAAUGUUGUUAUUGCUUCCCCGGCUGGCGCUCCACCUGGCUACCCUCCCCAGCAGGGCUACGCUCCCCAACAGGGCUACGCUCCCCAACAGGGCUACGCUCCCCAACAGGGCUACCCUCCCCAACAGGGCUACCCUCCCCAACAGGGCUACCCGCCCUUGCAAGGGAAGCCACCGUAUCCCGAGAAAGUUUAAGUAUGUUGCCCAUGGGAUUUGAGCAGCACCCAUUGAGAUAAAUGUUGAAAACGUGUUCGUGUGUCAUGUACGGAUGCAUGACACAAUCGUGGUGUUCACAAAUUGUUGCUGCAUUCCUAAGGAAAAGUAGAUGAAAUGUAACUGCACGAAGAAAGGCCUGAUGUUUCAUUUCAGUACUUAGAACAUUGUAUAUGACAAUAGUCAAUGCACGUUUUUCCUAUGUAGACAAACGGGCUUUUUAAAAAGCUGGAGUAAAAUAGAAGUAGCGUAAAGUGUACUUUAUAAUAUCAAUAUGAUAGGUUUCAGAUUAGAAAAGAGAGUGCUUUAAUUAAAUGCGAACAAAUAGGUAGGAUUCGUGUGAAACAAGUUUGGCACCAGUUUUCAUUUGCUUUUGAGUUUGCAUACGGCCUUGCUGAGAAGUAGACCAGUACUCUCAGAUCCUUCAAUGGAACAUGUUUUGUCAAACUGUCCAUAAUAUUAUAAGAAAACUAUUCGACAUUUCUUUCUAGAUACAUUGAAAAGUGCACUCUGUGAUUUAACAUUGAUCAUCAUGCUCUUCCCAGUAACGAGGGAGCGCUGUCGCUGUAAUGCACUGUACUGUAUAGUUUCCGGGUGAAUCCAAAUUUCUUACUGAAAAUCUUUGUGGAAAACUUUCCUAACUGACUUGCUGUCAUGCACAUAGACAUCCACAUUAUCUUCAAAGUAUUUGAGAGAGCUGAUUAUCGUAAACUCUGGAUAAUGGAAAGGGCAGAAAUAGCUCUACCAAUGAGGAUAACGCUACACUUUUGCUCAGAUAAAAUGCGACUUAUGUCGUCCGUAUGUGAAAAAAGCAACACUGGAAAUCAGGUUAAGUAGGCCACAGGAUGUUAGAACUGCCUUUAAAAAGUACACUGUAUGUGCCUUUGAAUUUAAAGGAAACGGUACCCAUGAAUGCAAGCAAAGUAACGACAACCACAAGGUAGCUCUUGGUGCCGGAACCACAGACGAGCGUAAGACUGUACGAAUAUGACAUUGCAGUCAUUAUGUUAACCGAGCAUCUGAUAUUAUUUAUUAUAGUAUUAUGAGCAUAUAACGUUAUUUAGUAUACAUGUAUAACUGACAGAAGGCCCUUGCAGGACAUCAGAGUCGAACGUUUUGUAGCGUCCACUAUGGAUUUCUUUGUGAAGACAUUCAUCCUUGACUUUUUAUUACAAAUUUGCAAAAUGUACAGAACCGAAAACUAGUUAUGAAUAUCUGCCACUUUUUUUUUACUGAAUGCAGUAAAAAUAUAUAUUUCGAUGGGAAUGGCUACAAGCAAUACAACAAGUGCUGUAUUUGCAAGAGUUUUAGCCACAAUUGUAUAUCCAUUGGCGGCGGUGCUGUAAAUGUUUCUUCAUGCAAAAGUAGUAUACAUCCGUGAUGUUAGCAAAAUUUGGCAGUACUGUUUACCUUUUGCUAUUUUGCCAUUUUUCAUGUACUGUAUGCUUACAUGCUUAAUAGAAUAAAUACAUAUUCAUUUGUUCUGCCACAUCUGGGCAUUUGACUAAGACUAAUUAGUACAAGCAAAUCCACGUUUCAAUCUUUCAAAGAGUUAAGGCACGUAAGUAUAUUUGCAUGAUUCGUAAACUGCCAAUAUGUUUCAUACACUUCGCUAGAGGCGGUCCCUGCAUAUCAUCGUGGGAUCAAUGGAACGGAUCUUGUCAUUAAGAGAGAAACACUGUGAGAAGUAUGGCUUUUCAAAAACACUCUGCAAACAAACUGCACUGUAUGAUACUUUGAGAGCCCAACUACACCAUUUGCCAUGAUGACUGAACUAUUAUUAAUCAGUAAAAAUAAUUGUACCUUCGAUCUA